AAAGUUCUGUCUUCCUCGACAUCCCACGCACACUUCAAAUGCAGAUGCAUCGAUCAAACAUCGAUUGCACAGAUCUGAAAUCGUCGCCAUCACUCAUUUUUAAGCCGUAUGAGGAUAAACGAAAGUAGUAAGCGCAACUUUUGUAUACAGGAAAUCUGGCUGCAGUCACGUGAUGCAUCACGUCUACCGGACGACUGCGCACAUUCUCAUAUAACAUGUGUGUGUUUACUUCGAGAGUGAAACUGUGAAAUCAUCCAAAAUGACUCUAGAAGCUUGGUACAUGGACAGCUCUGAUGAAGACCAGAGAAAGCCUCACAGACUGAUUCCCAACCAGCCCGUUUUCCUGGACGAAUUAAAAAGGCUUGGUGUUUUUUACUGGAAGCUGAAUGCUGAUAUCUAUGAAACAGACCCAGAGCUGGAACGGAUCCGUAAAGACCAUGGCUACUCCUACAUGGACAUCAUCACUAUUCACAAGGAUACACUACCUAACUAUGAGGAAAAGCUCAAGAUGUUCUUUGACGAGCACUUGCACUUGGAUGACGAGAUCCGCUACAUCCUGGACGGCCAAGCUUACUUUGACGUUAGGGACAAAGAGGACCGAUGGAUAAGAAUUGCCAUGAACAAGGGAGAUCUGAUCACCCUGCCAGCAGGCAUCUAUCACCGCUUCACCCUGGACGAGACCAACUACACUAAAGCCAUGAGGCUAUUUGUGGGGGAGCCUGUGUGGAAGGCUUACAACCGUCCAGCAGAUGACUUUGACGUCCGUCAGAAGUAUGUGGCUUCUCUGCAGGGAUCCUGAGAAAGAGCUGCAGCACACAUCAACUACAAAAUAAAAUAGUAAAUUGAC